CUGAGAAAACGUGCUACUGCCUUCCUCUUCUCGUCGCAUCAACGUGGGAAGGCUUCCAUCUUUGCUGAUGCCUCUUACAGUCGAAUUCGCCUUUCGCUCCAUAGCUUCCUCCAUGGUUGCAUUACCCCAAUCUAGGGUUUUUGGCAUAGGUCUCCCCUGUGCUCAGUUGGCCCCCCACUUUGGGAUCGUCAAGUCUUCGCUGAUCUCCCGUGGAUUUGCUACCUCUAAGUGGGGGUUCUCCGAGAACAUCAGGGGGAGUAGUGUCUUUUCUGUCAAUUCAGCUGAUAUCUUGGGAUCUUCAUCAUUGACAUCUGACAGGGAUGGGUAUACUGUUCCAAUCCCUAUAGUCAUGAUUGAUCAAGAUUCUGAUCCUGAUGCUACAAUUGUAGAAAUUAGUUUUGGAGAUCGUCUUGGUGCUCUAAUUGAUACGAUGAAGGCAAUUAAAGAUCUGGGUUUGGAUGUGACAAAAGGAAGAGUUACUACCGAGGCCGGCGUCCUAAAAACAAUUUUUUUUAUUACAAAAAUGGGCCGAAAAAUUGAGGAUCCAUCUAUGUUAGAAAGAAUUCGACUUACCAUUAUAAACAAUCUAUUGAAAUAUCAUCCGGAAUCUAGCGAGAGGUUAGCUUUGGGAGAGGCUUUUGGCAUAAAAGCUCCACAAGAGAAGCUUGACAUUGAUGUUGCAACCCACAUACAUGUUCAGAAUGAUGGACCCAAACGAAGCCUGUUAUAUAUAGAGACUGCUGAUCGGCCUGGACUGCUGCUGGAAAUCAUCAAAAUGAUGGCAGACAUCAAUGUCAAUGUAGAAUCAGCAGAGAUUGAUACCGAGGGCCUUGUUGCCAAAGACAAAUUUUAUGUCAGUUACAGAGGUGCUGCCCUGGGUGGUCCCUUAUCUCAGGUUCUGGUGAAUUCGCUGCGCUAUUACCUUCGUAGGCCUGAAACAGAAGAAGAUAGCUAUUAAGCGGACAUGAAAUUUAUGCCUGCAGUUCUAGCAAUUUGCUGCUGUGAAAUUGGUUUAUAUCCACUACUUCUCAUGUUUAAACUUUCUGCCCCAUAAAUCCAGACUAUUCUGUUGUCUAUAAAAAUUAUUUAUAAUAUUAUUAUCAAGGAUUUCCAUUUUAUAUUAA